AGCCAAUAGCCAGGUGGGAGUGGUCUUCAGGCGAGGAAGAUGGCGUCGGCCAUGCUGGUCCUGGUGGUUCCUCCGUGGCCGGCAGCCCGGGGACUCCUCCAGAACUGUUGGGAACGACUGCAACGGAAACUUUGGCAGAGAUGGCGAGGCUUUCCCAGUUCCCCGUGGGGACCAGCAUUAGCGGUCCAAGGUCCAGCAGUAUUUACAGAACCAGCAAAUGAUACUAAUGGAAGUAAGGAGAUCUCCAGCCUUUUGGAUAGUAUUUUUUGGAUGGCAGCUCCUAAAAACAGACGCAGCAUUGAAGUUAACCGAUGUAGGAGAAGAAACCCUCAGAAGCUUAUUAAAGUUAAGAACAAUAUUGACGUGUGUCCUGAAUGUGGUCACCUGAAACUGAAGCAUGUCCUUUGUGGCUAUUGCUAUGAGAAGGUGUGCAAGGAGACGGCAGAAAUCAGAAGACAGAUAGGGAAACAAGAAGGGGGACCGUUCAAGGCUCCUCCCGUGGAGACUGUGGUGCUGUACACAGGAGAGGCACCAUCUGAACAAGAUCAGGGUAAGAGAAUCAUUGAACGAGACAAGAAGCGACCGUCCUGGUUCACCCAGCAUUAAGACCAAAGGUAUUCGAGGAAGAUAACUUCAUAUAAAACACUUGUCCUAGAAGAGAGGAAGAUGCUUUGUUUUCAUGUUGAUUUUAUGCUUGUUUUAAAAUCACCAGUAUAGUUUAAAACAUUCUCUCAAAGCAGUUACUUUUAUGUGGGUUAAUUUGAAGAAUAUACCAGGAGUAAAUUCUGAAAAUGCUUGUUUAUGCAGAGGCACAAUGGAUUAAUAUGUGCGUUUCUGUUACACUGUAAGGUUUUGAGUAAACCUAACAUUUCCAGUACAGAAAAAUAAACAAUGUAAAAUUCUUAGCAAAGAUCACAUGUUUUGGAGGUGCCUGGGUGGCUCAGUCGGUUAAGCGUCUGACUCUUGAUUUCAGCUCAGGUCAUGAUCUCGGGUUCAUGAGGGCGGGCCCCACAUCAGACUCUGUGGUAACAUCAAGGGGCCUGCUUGGGAUUCUGUCUCCCUCGCUCUUGGCCCCUCCCCUGCUCAGUCUCAUUCUCUCAAAAUAAAUAAAUAAAUAAAUAAAAAGUAUGUGUUCUGGUUCUGGUUUUGUUUUCUAGUGAUUUGUCUUACACAAAAAUACACAGAUACUUUUAGUUAAGUAACACCUGAAAAUAGGUUAAUUUGAAUUCUGGGUAUUGUUUCUUCAAAUGGUGGUAGUGGCAGUAAGAGAAGGUUUGUUCGGUUUUGUUUUAGCAAAUUGGAAUUUCCUUUGGUAAAACUCACUUUAUAUGGGUAUAUUAUGUUAAUUUAGAUAGAAAGCUCUUCAUAUUUUACAUUAAAUCAAAAUGACGUUCAGAAUUUAUCGGAUAGCUCAUGAGAUUUGUACUUUAUAGUUUUGAAAGAUAUUUUAUUUUUAUUUUUUAUGUUUUUAUUUUAUUUUUGAGAGAGAGAGAGAGAGACAGAGUACAAGCAGUCAAGGGGCAGAGAAAGGGAGACACAGAAUCCAAGGCAAGCUCCAGGCUCUGAGCUGUCAGCACAGAGCCUGACGCAGGGCUCAAACUCACGGACCGUGGCUUGAGCCACCCAGGCGCCCCUGGAAGAGAUUUUUAAAAGAUAUGAGUAAAUUCACUAGUCCGCAGAAAAUGUACUAAGAACGUUGUCUUUUGUGUUUUUCUUCUAGAAUGUCCUUUUAGUUUAUUUUUCACUUUAUCUCUUUGUAGCAAUGGCAUUUUUAACAUAAUUCAUUUCAAAUUUC